GGGGCCCGCCGCCUACUCGGGCUGCCCGGCCGCGCUUCCGGGCGGCCGCGCCCCAGCAUGCACGGCGACCGGAUGUGCCGCCAUCUUUAGGCUCCCUCUCUGCCGUGUAUUGACAAUAACAAGCCCCGGGCCGGGCCGUGUCCCCCCCCCCCCUCAGGAAACGCGAGCAGGAGGCAGAGAGGGGGGAGGCGGGAGCCCGAGGAGAGCGGGCCGCGGGGGGGGGAAGAGCGGGCCGGGCGGCGGCGAGGGAGUGGGAGGCGUGUGGGGCGAGGGGGCUGGAGCUGAGGCGUGAGGGAGAGCCGCGCUCAGCCCUCCCCGCUGCUGCUCGGCGGAGACGAGGCGGCCGGAGCAGGAGGGGAGCGGGCAGCCGUGGGGGAAUUACUGGCGUUGGAGAGAAGAAUUGAAAGAAACUGGUGGGUGGCGAGAGGCAGGCACGGAGACGCUCCGCUGAGAAAGGAGUAAAAGCAGGAAAGCAGAGACAAACUGCGAGAAGAAACAAAGUAAUAAAGAGAAGGGGAAGAGAGGAGAGAAAGUGAUUCCUCCGAGAAAGAAGGCGGCGAAGGAGAGGGAACACGGAAGGACUCCACUGAUGAGAGAGAGGAGUUGAAAGACGCCCCCCCCCCCCCCGAGAGACACCAAACAGAGACUGACUCUCAAACUCUCUCUCUCUCUCUCUCUCUUUGUCACACCACAAGGAUUUGAUGCCCCUCAGCCUGUUCACUUCUGUGUGUUCAUGUUUCCCACAGGUUUCUCUUCCCCCAACCCCCCAGCUGCAGCCCAGGAGGUCAGACCUGCCACUGAUGGUAAUACCAGCAGCAGCUCCUCCUGCAAGAAGAGAAAGUUAAAUAACAGCAGCAACAGCAAUUCUGAAAGAGAAGAAUUUGAUUCCAUUUCUUCCUGCGCCUCUUCUCCUUCCAAAAACACCUCUUCAUCAUCUUCCUCUGUCAUCACCACCUCCUCGUGCUCCUCCUCAGGGGUCGCCUCCUCUAACCAUCACCUCCAGAAGAAGCUCCGCUUUGAGGACUCCGUGGAUUUUAUUGGACUCGAUGUGAAGAUGGCUGAAGAGUCUUCUUCCUCCUCCUCUCCUGCUGCCUCUUCUCAACAGCAGCACCAACAGCAGCUCAAAAAUAAAAGCCUUUUAAUUUCAUCAGUGGCUGUGGGGCACCAUGCAAAUGGCCUGACCAAAGCUGCCUCCUCUACUGUUUCCAGUUUCGCCAACAGUAAACCUGGCUCUGCUAAGAAAUUAGUGAUCAAGAACUUUAAAGAUAAACCCAAAUUGCCUGAAAACUACACAGAUGAAACCUGGCAAAAACUGAAAGAAGCUGUAGAAGCUAUCCAGAACAGUACUUCAAUUAAGUACAAUUUAGAGGAGCUCUAUCAGAUUAUGAUUAGAAGUAUCUUUUUGUUCUUGGAUCGAACUUACGUACUUCAGAAUUCAAUGCUGCCAUCUAUUUGGGAUAUGGGGCUAGAAUUGUUCAGAACUCAUAUAAUCAGUGAUCAGAAGGUUCAGAACAAAACUAUUGAUGGCAUUCUUCUGCUGAUUGAGAGGGAAAGAAAUGGUGAGGCUAUCGAUAGGAGUUUACUGCGAAGCCUGCUAAGCAUGCUUUCUGACUUGCAGAUUUAUCAAGACUCUUUCGAACAUAGAUUCUUGGAAGAGACUAACCGCCUGUACGCAGCAGAGGGACAGAGGCUUAUGCAGGAACGAGAGGUUCCAGAGUAUCUUCACCAUGUCAACAAGCGCUUGGAAGAAGAAGCAGACAGGAUAAUCACUUAUUUAGAUCAGAGCACACAGAAGCCACUAAUUGCUACUGUAGAAAAGCAACUUCUAGGUGAACAUUUAACAGCCAUUCUUCAGAAAGGUUUAAAUCACCUUCUUGAUGAAAACCGAAUUCAAGACCUGUCUCUUCUAUAUCAGUUGUUCAGUCGUGUGAGAGGCGGAGUACAGGUUCUCUUGCAACACUGGAUUGAGUACAUAAAGGCGUUUGGUAGCACCAUAGUAAUUAAUCCAGAAAAAGACAAAACCAUGGUCCAAGAACUACUUGAUUUUAAAGACAAAGUUGACCACAUUAUUGAUAUUUGCUUUCUCAAGAAUGAGAAGUUUGUAAAUGCCAUGAAAGAAGCCUUUGAAACAUUCAUUAACAAAAGACCAAAUAAGCCAGCUGAACUCAUAGCUAAGUAUGUAGAUUCAAAGCUUCGUGCAGGCAACAAAGAAGCUACUGAUGAAGAACUUGAAAAAAUGCUGGAUAAAAUUAUGAUCAUAUUUAGAUUCAUAUAUGGAAAAGAUGUCUUUGAGGCCUUUUAUAAAAAAGAUCUAGCAAAGAGACUAUUAGUUGGGAAGAGUGCAUCAGUAGAUGCUGAAAAAUCUAUGCUUUCCAAACUCAAACAUGAAUGUGGAGCUGCUUUCACCAGCAAACUUGAAGGAAUGUUUAAAGAUAUGGAGCUUUCAAAAGACAUAAUGAUACAAUUUAAACAGUAUAUGCAAAAUCAGAAUGUACCUGGCAACAUUGAACUAACAGUGAAUAUUCUGACUAUGGGUUAUUGGCCAACCUACGUGCCUAUGGAGGUCCAUUUGCCCCCAGAGAUGGUAAAACUGCAGGAGAUCUUCAAGACCUUUUAUUUAGGAAAACACAGUGGUAGGAAACUUCAGUGGCAGUCAACACUAGGACACUGUGUACUAAAAGCAGAAUUUAAAGAGGGCAAAAAAGAACUUCAGGUCUCCUUGUUCCAGACACUGGUGCUGCUCAUGUUUAAUGAAGGAGAGGAGUUCAGUUUAGAGGAGAUAAAGCAAGCCACUGGGAUAGAGGACGGAGAGCUGAGAAGGACGCUUCAAUCUCUGGCUUGUGGCAAAGCCAGAGUACUGACCAAAAGCCCCAAAGGCAAAGAUGUGGAAGACGGUGAUAAAUUCACAUGUAAUGAUGAUUUCAGACAUAAGCUCUUCAGGAUAAAGAUCAACCAAAUUCAGAUGAAAGAAACGGUAGAGGAACAGGCAAGCACUACAGAGAGAGUAUUCCAGGACCGGCAAUACCAGAUUGACGCUGCAAUUGUACGAAUCAUGAAGAUGCGCAAGACACUGAGUCAUAACCUGCUUGUGUCAGAGGUCUACAACCAGCUUAAAUUCCCAGUAAAGCCUGCUGACCUUAAGAAGAGAAUAGAAUCCUUAAUUGACAGGGACUACAUGGAAAGAGAUAAAGAAAACCCGAAUCAGUACAACUAUAUUGCAUAAACAUACGUUGGCCUUUGUUUUACUGCACACUUGGUGUCAUACACAGUUGCCAGUGGAUAAACUAGCCUGUUGAUCCUGUUAAUUGACUUUUUAUACUACCGAUGAUUGAAUGAAAGCAGUGUAAUGGAAAAGUAUAGUAGAGUGGACUUCUUUCAGUGGUUAACAUGCCCAUUUAAAGAGUACUAUUUACAUUUUAAGAAGAAUGCUGUUGAACUCUUUGCAUGUUAUUUAGUAAGAUGUGCAGAAAGCUGAAAGAAAGUACCUGGUCUUUGUGAUUCCAUUUGUCUCUGGGUCUGAAGAGGAGUCCCUUGAUAUAUGACAGAUGUCUUUCACACCUUUAAAUGGAAACAGAAGGUUAAUUAAUAUAAGAAAAUAGCCUUUAAAAUGCUUAAACUGCAUGCAAACUUUUAAUUUACUGUACAGAAUGCAUUUCAGUUAGUAACAUACCAUUGGUUUGGUUGAUGCCCACACUUGGAUUUUUCCCUUGAGGGAGGGAAAAUGGGGAAUAAGCCAAGCUAUGCUUAUUGCUGAUCUAAUGGAAAAUACUCUUGGUCGCAAUUAAGACAAAAUGGUACCAAUAUAAAAUGAUGUAUAAAGUUUGCAGUGUGGGCAUAUGUACUGUAUAUACAAACACCAUUCUUAAAUAACUGCUACAACAAAACAAGUUCAGAUUAGAUUUAUAUGGCUUGCCUAUAAGACUUAGUGUUCACCUUUGGGAAUUUUAAGCAUAAAACAGCCAUAAUGGAAAAAGUGACAGUUUUUACUAGUCAUGGGUAGGAGGCCUUCACCUCUUGGCAGCAAUACUCUAGAAAAGAGAAUCUAUCUACAGAUACCUAUGAAAAGCCACACUGUUCUUGUGGUAGAGCUGUAAGAACAAAAAUUACAAAUGGAUUUUAAUAUUUGUUUUGCUUUGCAACACUCUAAACUUGAACUAACCUCAAGGUUUAGACAGGGCAGCUCUUCUAAGACUGCCCUGCUUUGGAUUGCUUUAACUUAAAGCUUUAAGAACUCAGCCCUAGAUGUGGCAGGCCUCCUAGAACCCAGAAGCCUACCUCUCAUAUAGAAAGUUAAGUAUUGCUACAAGGCAUCUAAAAUAUAUUUUCUUAGAUGACCAGAGAGCAUUCUUUGCAUCUUUAUAAGACAUGGGAGAAUAAGUCACUUGAAUGUAGAGCUUUGUUUCAACAAAAUGCGUUUUUUUUUAUUGCUAUAGCAGCAUGUGCCAGGAAUAUAUGGGAAAAAAAAGUGUCAGCAGAGAAGGUAACUCCUCCACAUAACAGUUCUUCCUUACCCAGCCAGGCUUUAGACCUAUGAUCAGCUGUGUUGCAGAGCUCAGUGAAAAACCUCAUCCUCUUUCAGGCACUGAUAGUCCUGGGGAAUACCAGAUAUUUCUUGAAAGCAAGAUGUUACUUUUGUUUAAUGGCAGUGUAACUUAGCUCUCUAUGAUCUAUAACUUUUAUCACUGUGAUCCCACAUUCAGGGGUAUGCAUGUGCGAGAGAGGGAGAGUGUGUGUAAGUGCGUGUAUUUUGUAUCUGACACAUCCCAUCCUUACUGCUUUUUUGAUCUACUGUUUAAUUCCGUAUUUUCUCCAGCUGUGUUUUCUCUCAAGCUCUUUUAUAUGCAGUCCUCAGCUGACAGAUGAAGCAGAUGGGUUUUUUUCCUACUAAAAUUAUUUGCUGUCACCCUCUACUAACUGUCAUACAGCUCUUUGUGAUCUGCAGAAAAUCUACCUUACCCUUUGACACUAUUGCAGCAUAACCACUGGUAGACAUCCAGGACCACCCUUGCCUCUGUAAGAAAAAAUAAUAACAGUAGAGUUAUCUGGUAAGAAACUUGAAGACUGCUCCUGCAAAUCUUUUAAGUAUUAGUUCAAAUAGAGAUCCACCAGGGAGGAAAGAAUGCCCCCCCCCCCCCCCCCCCCGCAAAACCUUCUGUAUUUUGCAUUCAAUGUUCCUUUUUCUUGUAUGUGUUUUGUAUCUUUAGCCAAUAAAAGAUUCCUUUUAAAAAGGUGUUUUGUAGAAGGAGCAUAAAACUUAACUCUUUGGGAGACAGGAGAUGAUGAGUAUCAGUAUUGAACUGGUUCCAUUCAGUCUGUUGUAGCAUAUAAAUCUAACACCACUACAUGUUUAAAAUGCCUAUUCUGGUAAAAUCCUCCCUCAUUAGACAAGUGUGUUGCAUUCAGUCAAACUAACUGGAAAGGUCUGAAGGUUUAUUUAAUUUUUAUCCCAUCCAUUUCAGUAACUUAAACGCAGAAAAUAUUACAUAGAAAAUGUCCUCAAAUCUGAUCAGACUUCCACGAUCUGAGGCAGACCCUAAGCGGCAAUCUAGUUAAAGCAACCCAAAGAAUGGACUUUGAGAACCCUGGCUAGGCUGAGAGAGGGGGUGAGAGAGGGGAGGGGAGAAGGCGUCUCCUUGUAUCUUCAUCGGUUUUCCCCAAGAACUCAUCCAUCUCUUCUGCUAAGGUCUCGCGCAUUCCUGGUUAACGACAAAGCUGCAGCCAAGAUUUAUCGUCCAGCCGUACAACUCUGCAACUUCUUGCUGGGAUCAUGUGCCUGCCUAUUGAGCCAUAUAUAUCUCUGUAAGAAAAAAAUUAAAGUGGGCUUGGACCACAACUCAUCUGGCUAUAACACAGCUUGUCUGUUUGGCCACACAUUUUUAAUCUUGACUCUUGCAUGCAGUUUAUAGCACCUUGUUCAUAAGAAAUUGCAGUUUAUUCUUAGAAAUAUAUAUUUUAGGUUUUUUAAUCUUUAUACCCAUAAAUGGACUAUUUUUUUGUCUUGGCUGGUUUAAAAAGUGACCAUUUUGUUUAAAUGCUGUAAUUGCAAAUGUGUUGUAAACGUUGUUUUGUUCUAUAGUUUACACAAAGGUGCCAAAGUAAAUAGUUAAUAAAAAAAAACAAACCCUAGCAAAUCGUUAAGUUGCUUUAGCUGUUCUUCAUAUUUUGGUCUCUGGUCUUUUUUUUUUUUUUUUUUUUUUUGUCAGCCUUUCAUUUUUUCCUAGACAUAUCAUUUGCCCUAAUGCUUUCUUUAAAAAAAAAAAAAAGUGCAUCUAAAGAAAUGUUCAAAUACCACUUUUUUAGUGAUUUCAUAUAGUAGGAAGAAUAUUUUCUUUGAAACGUUACACUAAAACUGUAAGAGUACAGCAGCAUUCAAAAAUGUAAUAUACUUUUUGUAUAACAGUUCUUCAGAGUAUGUCUGGAGUGGGGGAAAAAACUAACCCUGUUACUUUCAGAAGCCUCUUCCCUUGGCUACCAGAAUAUGAAAUUGUGCUUUUUCACUGCAUCAAAAAGUUAUAGUUUAUGCAGACUUGCAAACAGGGCAUGUAUCACCGUUGCAUCCUUCGAUGCAAAAAGCAGCAAAACCUUUUUUAUGUUUCAUAAGUCUGAUAUGGGUACAGAGAGUCUUUCUUAAGUUGGUAAAUAAUGUAAAUACAUGUCCUUUCAGAGAGUGAGUCUGUUAUCUAGGUAUUUUGUGUCAUUUAAUAAAUAUUAAACAGUUUUGUGUUGAUAAA